AUGUCCUUCUCAAUGAACACAGUGACUCAUUCCCCUCAUUCGUUAGGGUCUCAGCACAACGUCAUGACGGCUUCACCUUUCGUCACCCCAGCGUAUGUGGAUGCUCUCGAUCAUCUUAGCACAAAAUUACGCAUUCCUGGUUCCGCCGUAGAGCCAACAAAUGCCAUGUAUGAUGACGGACUUGUGCCUGGUGUUUGCAGACUUUACAUGGAGGGCCGAUGCCGUCAGGGCUCGCGGUGUUUUCAAGUUCACGCCAAUCCGGAAGUGGUGGAGAAACUUCGGCAAGAGGCACUUGAGCAACCAACGUGUUGUUUCUUUCAUGGCGCCCCGUGUACCUCCAGUGGACUUCCGCUGAAUUUACAAGUAAAUGUUGGUGGUACCUCCAUUACUCUUCCCCGUAUGAAUUCAACAAAUUGCCUGUGGAGUGCGUACGCAGAGCGCGGUGACAGUACUUUGGAUUUGCCGAGGGAAAAAGUGUGUCGUGAGCACCGGCGUGGAUUGUGUCGCUUCGGUGAGGAAUGCGGUUUCCUGCACAUUUGCCGGGAAAUAGCUUUUGUUGGAGAGGACGCCUCAAGCACGGGAUCUGGUCUCCAUCACUCGCGUACUUCCGCUUCCGCCUCGCCAUUGGGAAGUGGAAGGAAACGACAAGUGCCUAACAGUUCUUUUGGUUCCCCUCCAUUCAUGCAAAGCACCAGCAGUCGUGAUUCGCAGUGCUCAAGAAAGCGAAGUUUUGACCCCAAUGCGCCUGAUUGGUGUAAUGGCGGUUACCCUCAAAGAGGAGGGCGUUAUGCCGAUGAUGGCGGUGUUGGUUUCUUUCCUCCUCAAGCCAACAGUUGUCCUCCUGCUGCCAAUUACCCGUAUUGGCCUCCAUACGGUGACAUGACUCACGUACAUUAUGGUCAUGGCCUUUCCUACAGUAAUUCAUACAUGGGACCAGGAAUGGAACAACAGCAUCCACACAGUUUUUCUCGUACAUGUCAAUCCUUCAGUCAUCAUCAGGUAUGUGAAAAUGUGGGCGCUGGUGCUUCAAUGUUUGGUGGGCCAUUACUUCGACCAUUGGCCAAUGCACCUCGCCGUAACACGGGAAGUGUGAGACACAAUCCAUACGGCGCAACUUCUUUAGGGCAGUGA